AUGUUUAAUGAUGACACUCAAUGCCAGCUUGCUGAGGCAAAGAUAGGCGAUACGGCGUCUACUCCUUUUACCUAUCAGCCCGACUCGGAGGACUUCACGGGCUUGCCACUUCCUGUCACGGUUACACAGGCUAGUACUGCGGAUCCAGGCUGCCAAAAAACAAAAAGAGCGCGCGUACGUGGUCUCCGCAUGUAUUGGGAAUGUUUCAUGAAGCGCAUGGGCACUAAGUCCCCUUCCUUAUCCUCCGCCCUCGUGGACAGUAUUCGUGAUAGCGGUCAAGUUCGGCUAAGAACAGAGGCUGGUACCGACGUUGACGAAGUCGAUGAAAUUGUCGUGGACCGAAAUUGGACAAAGGAUAUGAAGAAUUUGCCAGACCACUCGGAAAACGUUCUGGAUAAUUCAGGGGAUAGCUACAUAGCUCACGUCGGUGUGGGGGCCGAUACAAGCGUCGGCCAUGAAAGUACCGCGUUUCCAGAUGAUGGUAGCUUCUUUCGUCGAUUUCUCGUUCUUCUCCGCUGGGAGGUUUGGCCAGCGGUGCAUAGAUUCUUUCAUGUUCGUUUUAAUGAUGAAAAGACGGAAGAACGAUAUCAGGGGGAGCGCUGGUGUAUGAGAAAGGUGUUAGCAGUUUGGUCGGCCAUAUUUUUCAUCGCCAACUGGGUCAUCGGCGCAGCAACAAUUGCCACCCCUAUCACCAUACUCGAUAAAUCAUGGAUAUGGGGUUUUAUACCUGCGCAUACCAUUCCUCUACUCUUUUUGGUCGUAUUCGAUUUCCCACUGGACCGUCCAACACCUUAUCAGUUGCUUCUAAUGAUCUCAACAUGGUCAUGGUGUUUGUAUGAGAUCGUGACAAUCUAUACCUCCGCAUUACAAACUAUAGCACUGUUCGGGAUGAGGAUGGAUAGAGUCGCCGCUAUGGUGGGGGCACUGACUUUCUUGAUCAUUUCACCAAAAAUUUCAGACAUGCUUAAUUUUCUCCUGUAUCACACGUUCCUCUUGUUUGUUCAUUACAUGAACGAGAAUUCCGAACGGCGUCUCUUUAUUCUCCGAGAGCAACUCAAAACCCAGUUUAAGGCUACCCAGAAGGCUCAAAUCAACGAGCGAAAAGAAGCGGACUCUAAGAGGAGGCUUACGUCGUGCGCAUCAUUGCCCUUGAACACAGCUCUUCUUGCCGUGCAGAAUAUGGAGGCAUCGUGUGCAGUGUCCAAAGCGCAAGAAAUAGAAUUCAUGGCAUUAGGGGGCAGCUUGGUCAUGAUGUCCAAAGGCAACAAUCGCAUGGAUAGUGGUCUAUUCGAGAUCUUGUAUAAACCAUACAAAUUCCAUGCUGUUAUGCGCUCAUUGUUUAUUCCACUGCGCAUGGCAACAGAUGCCCGCAACCUUGAACUCGUGACUUGUCUUGACGAGAAUAUCGACAAGGUUGCGCGACAAGCCGCUUACGAGGCCGCAGGCGACAAUUCGGCAGAAUCCGAGAAGUAUCUGAACAACGAGGAGGACGGCAUCGUUCUUGGGGAUGCUACUAGGCUGCGACAGAUUAUCAAUAAUCUUGCAAGCAACGCUUGUAAAUUCACCCCUGCGGGAGGAAGAAUAGAAUGUUCAACACGCCUGAUAUUCCCUGCACAUCCUGCGCCAGAACCUUCCGUUAAUUCAAGGCCAAAGAUUGAUAUAGGUGAAGACAUGAUAGAGGAGGUACUCUGCGCCCCUGCUGAUGAUUCUGAUCCCCUACAUGAUCCGACAACGAGCGGGGGGCAAGGCAUGGAAUCCUCAACAAAGAAGGGCCCGCUGAAGCAAAUCGUUGUGCGUAUUGAAGUUAGCGAUACCGGACAUGGAAUUCCGCGCAGCGAGAUGGCGCAGGGCAAGUUGUUUUCUGCAUUUAAUCAGACAGAGCAAGGUAGACAACAAGGCGGAAAGGGUACUGGUCUCGGCCUGGCUCUCGUCCGCCAGAUCGUGAGGCUGAGCGGCGGUCGGCUGGGCCUGCGUUCUAAAGUCGGUCAUGGGUCGACGUUUUGGGUCGAGCUACCGCUGGGAGUCGGAGUUAAAGUUGUCGAUGAACCAGACGCGGAGUCGACUCUGCGCGAGAAGCAGCGCACUUUUGAGCUAGCCGGGCCACUAUCAGUGGAUCUACUGACAAGCAGUGCCCCAACGCGGGCAGUCUCGACGAACAUUAUGCAGACCAUGAUGGACAAAGGUCAGCAUUAUGCACACUCUGGAUUCGUUGUCGAACCCACAUCCAAGUCAGGUACCCAGCUUGAUCCUCCGCUGCCCACACCAUCUGGCGAAAACCCGGGUAGUCCCGUGAUGCUCUCUCGAAUGGGAAACUGCUCAAUUGACAGCUCACCUACGGUCGUUGCGGAUUCGCUGAAGAGUCUUGAUGAUGCUACUCCACUACCAGCUAUUUCAUCUAUGUCAACUCACCCAGAUCCACCAGUACGAAAGCCAUCACUAGUUUCCCAAUUAUCGGGGUCCUUAUCGUUUCCCUUGAGCCGCAAGGGGUCCACGGCCGGUUUUGACCCACCUAUCAUUGUUUUAGUCGUUGACGAUGACCGCCUCACUCGUACCGUCAUGUCUCGAAUGCUGACGAGAUUAGGAUGCAACGUCUCAACCGCUGAGAAUGGGGAGAUCGCGUUGGAGAUGAUCGUCAGCGGUCCAGGAACUUUGAAGGCCGAAGGUGGACCUGACUCCAUGGCCUUCGACCCUAGUCAUGACAAUGAAACGGACCAGAACGGUGAAGGGACGGAGAAUAGUUAUGCAUAUGAUGCCGUCUUUCUUGACAAUCAGAUGCCCGUUAUGUCUGGUUUGGAGGUGGUCUCCAAACUUCGAGAAAUGGGCAGGGCCGAUUUUGUCGUUGGAAUUACCGCAGGUAAUGCACUCAUCAAUGACCAGGAAGAAUACACGGAGGCGGGUGUGGACCACAUCUUGACAAAACCUGUCUUUGAAUCUAGCCUGGUGAAAAUGUUGACGAUAGCGGACGAGCGGCGGCGAAAACUAUGA